UUAUUGUUUGCAGAACUGUGAGUUUUCAGCUAUCACACAUUAAUACAAGGUUCCGUUCAGUUACAAUUGUGCUACUAUAGCAAUAAAUAUAUUAAUCACUUGUCUUAAUCCCAACAAAUGUUCAAUCGAUAGUUCAAUGAGUUUGAAUAAACGUGGAAUUGUUGUGACAUUGAACACGCACGACCACGCAACGUCGAGCACGUUAAUACUUACGUAGGAUAAGUGGUUUAACCACAUAUCCCACAGGUGGCAGCAUGACGCGCAACAAAGCGUUAAAGAGAAAAUCAAACACGGCCCAACGGAUUGUUACCAAGAAAAACCCAUACACGUUUAAAUCAAAAGGAAUUACAACCAGAUCUCACAACUUGGCGAACAACAAGAACAAGAAGUCUGGCGGAAGUCCCGGACGGAUGCGAACACAAACAAGGAUUGAAUCGCAGGAAAAUCAACAACAGUCCUCCAAUGCUGUUCUGAAUAAACACCGACAGGGACGUUUUACUCGGCAACUCCGAUCGUCGAUGAAGAGUGACAGUACCAAUGUUAACAACAAUCAACUCUAUCUCACCAGUACUAGCAUUACAGGGCAAAAGAAGCAAUCAAACAUCAACUGGAAGUCAACAAACGAAACUAUCUUGAUUGAAGAUUCGGAUGAUGAAAGUAAAACUACCGAUAAUGGUAAAAACUCAAGGCCCUUAUUUUACCUCGAUCGAAACCCCGGCAUACGGGAUGCCGAAGUUCCUUUGUAUAAUGUUUGCGGGGAGAUUGAAGAAUCGGUAACCAACAACAAUACUCGUUGUCCAGUCGACAAUUACGACGACAGCGUAAUAGUGCUGGAUAACACCAUAAACCAAACGAUGAACAGCAACGUACAAAUGAACGUGGAAACCGUUGAGCCAUCGUCUUCGGACACUGUGUCCAGCAGCAGCUUGAAUAUUAUCGCCGACGUACAAAUCGAUGCACUAUCGAAACAGUCAGCUGCGCCUGUAACGAACGUGUCAACAGAAGUGAUCGAGCUAAGCGACCACUCUGACACGGAACCUAGCAGUUCAUGUACAAGCAAGACAACCACUCCUGCAUUUCCAACGAUGGAUUGUAUUCCGCUUGGGUAUAGUGAGUUAAAACGUCCGGCUAGGAAAACUGUAGCUAAUCAAAAUGCCCUCAAAAAAAGAAGAUGGGAUAAUGCUGAUAAUGAUGCGGUCGUAGCCACCAAAGCAGUACCAGUGCCAAAGCCCCAGAACCAUGCUGAAGAAGUGGAAGGAACUAAGAGGAUGGUGAUCAUCGAUGGAAAUAAUGUAGCAUAUGGCCAUCUGAAUAAUAAAACGUUCUCCGUGAAGGGUUUACAAUUAUGUAUAAAUUACUUUAAAAGGCUCGGUCACGAGGUUACCGCCGUAGUGCCUCAGUUCAGAUUAAAAAAGCAUCAAAGUACGGAUUACGUAUUACUGGACAAAAUGCACCGAGCAGGUGAUGUAACUCUGGCUCCUAGCAAGAAUCUGCCUGGUCAGUAUUCUUCAACGUACGACGAUCGCUUAAUAUUAUCCGUUGCGGAACAGUUUGACGGAGUAAUUAUUUCAAACGACAAUUUUCGCGACCUUCUCGAAAUCUCUCCAGCUUGGCGGCGGAUUAUUGAAACACGUGUCAUCGGUUACACGUGGGUGAAAGACUGUUUCUUUCUACCGGAUGAUCCUUACGGACGCUACGGUCCUACGUUGCAGCAGAUAUUGAACGGAAAAUCCAAGUAAGGGUUUUCAUACAUGUUAAUAAGUUCCUCUGGCGCCAAAUAUGCCGGACGAUCAUGACGGACACUACGGUCCUACGUUACAACUGAUACUGAACUGAAAAUGCAAGAAAAUGUUUUUUUGAAUGCACUAUUAUAAGUGUUGUUGAUACAGCAAUAAGAAAAAUAUAGAAAAAGAAGAAAUAAUUUAUUUUCUACACGGCGACUGUAUAAAAGUACGAAGCGAAUUAUUAAUAAUGAAAUAUCGUAGAGUAUGAGAUUGGAUUGGAAAUGUUCUGUUCACGAUGGCGUUCCACUGUUGGGCAUUUCAUCUCUUGUCCUUAUCGCCUGAUCGUAGGAAGGAGGUAAAUCUGUAAUACAAGUAUAUAAGUAUUAAUAGAAAUGUAAUCCUUUCUUUAGCACAAGCAAACGAACCCCUAGGAAUAGCCGUAACGACAAUUAAACUCUGGCUUGUGUAGCCAUACUGUGGCGGAGUAACGCCAUCGCGUCCAUCUGGUUCGAUUCGAAUGUGGGUGGCACUGUUUAAAUCCGAACUUGGACGAACAUUGCCGUUGCCAGUGGGAGUGUUUGAAAUUGUAUACACUAUGCCUUCCUGUCGUACGGUGGGGGAGGCCGUGGCUGAAAGACAGGUAAUUGAAAAUCAAAACACAUGUGGAAUAUUAUUUCAAUUGCUAGAUUUAUCAUUGGAGAUCAGCGGUUUACAACUUACCCGUUGGCGACGAAGAACGCACGGUGGAUUUUAAUCGUUUGUCGUACAUAUACUGGAAAUUGGAAAUACAACAUUGUUAUCGUACGAACAAGACACACCAAGAAUU